ACAAGAUUUAUCAAGAAGUUUCGAUUCUCAGAUUCAAGAUUUGAUUCUGUUUUUUUCUUCUCGAGAUUUUCGUACCGGAGAGAUCGCCGGAGAUUUGACCGAUUCUUGAAAAUUAUGGGACGUCUCCGGCGACGGCAAGAGAUUAUAGAUCAUGAAGAAGAUGAAUCAAACGACGACGUUUCAUCAAGAAGAGGCAAACUCAGUUUAGCAGAGACGUUUCGGUGGCUUGAUUCAUCAGAGCAUCGGAAUAUAGAGACCGAUGGACAUAAUGAUUAUAAAUACAUCAUUCAUCACAAAAACAGGUGGUUCAAGGCAUGGGAAAUGUUCAUAUUGGUGUGGGCAAUAUACUCUUCUUUGUUCACUCCAAUGGAGUUUGGUUUCUUCCGCGGUCUGCCUGAGAGACUCUUUAUACUUGACAUUGUUGGUCAGAUCGCGUUCUUGGUCGAUAUUGUUCUUACGUUUUUUGUUGCCUAUCGCGAUACCCAGACCUACCGGACUGUCUAUAAACCAACACGUAUUGCUCUCCGGAAACAUGAGUUGGUGAGGUACUUGUUGUGGAUAAGGCUGUUUCGGGUACGCAAAGUGGUUGAGUUUUUCCAAAGGCUUGAGAAAGACACAAGAAUCAACUAUCUCUUCACCAGAAUCUUAAAGCUCUUAUUCGUUGAAGUUUACUGUACUCACACUGCUGCUUGCAUUUUCUAUUACUUGGCCACCACUCUUCCUCCAGAGAACGAAGGUUACACUUGGAUCGGUAGCUUGAAGCUAGGAGACUAUAGCUACGAGAAUUUCCGAGAAAUCGACCUCUGGAAACGUUAUACCACGGCUUUGUACUUCGCCAUUGUCACUAUGGCAACUGUCGGUUAUGGAGACAUACACGCGGUGAAUCUAAGGGAAAUGAUAUUUGUAAUGAUAUAUGUUUCAUUUGAUAUGGUUCUCGGUGCUUACCUUAUUGGUAACAUCACUGCCUUGAUUGUGAAAGGAUCAAACACAGAGAGCCAGAUCACCGGUCAUGUGAGAUUGCAGUACGAUAGUCACUACACCGACACUGUCAUGCUUCAGGACAUUCCUGCCUCUAUCCGCGCCAAGAUUGCGCAAUUAUUGUACCUGCCUUACAUCAAGAAAGUCCCUCUCUUCAAAGGCUGCUCCACGGAGUUUAUAAAUCAAAUAGUUAUAAGGCUCCAUGAAGAGUAUUUUCUUCCAGGAGAAGUAAUAACAGAGCAAGGAAACGUCGUUGAUCAUUUGUAUUUCGUUUGUGAAGGCUUACUCGAGGCUCUUGUUACAAGAACAGAUGGAUCAGAAGAGAGUGUGACGUUGCUUGGGCCUCACACUUCUUUUGGAGAUAUCUCCAUCAUUUGCAACAUCUCUCAACCUUUCACUGUUAGGGUUUGUGAGCUAUGUCAUCUUUUACGACUCGAUAAACAGUCUUUCUCGAGCAUUCUCGAGAUUUAUUUUCACGACGGACGCACAAUCUUGAACAAUCUUAUGGAGGAGAAGGAUUCAAAUGAGAGGAUAAAGAAGCUAGAAUCUGACAUUGUGAUUCACAUUGGGAAACAAGAAGCAGAACUUGCAUUGAAAGUAAACAGUGCAGCUUUCCAAGGAGAUUUUUACCAGCUUAAGAGCUUAAUCCGAUCUGGAGCCGAUCCUAACAAAACAGAUUACGAUGGAAGAUCACCGCUUCAUCUUGCAGCAUGUAGAGGCUAUGAAGACAUUACAUUAUUCCUUAUUCAAGAAGGUGUUGAUAUCAAUCUAAAAGAUAAGUUCGGAAACACGCCAUUAUUAGAGGCUGUGAAAGCAGGACAAGACGGAGUGAUUGGUUUGCUUGUCAAAGAAGGAGCCUCUUUUAAUUUAGAAGAUUCAGGAAACUUCCUUUGCACGACAGUUGUGAAAGGCGACUCUGAUUUUCUCAAGAGACUGCUCUUAAACGGUAUGGACCCAAACAGUGAAGAUUAUGAUCAUAGAACGCCGCUUCAUGUCGCUGCUUCUGAAGGGUUAUACUUGAUGGCUAAGAUGUUGGUUGAAGCUGGAGCAAGCGUUACUUCUAAAGACCGGUGGGGCAAUUCUCCGCUUGAUGAAGCCCGAAUGUGCGGAAACAAGAAACUGAUUAAGUUACUCGAAGAUGUGAAAACCUCUGAUUCGUCUAUCCACCCAUCGAGCUCUCAUGAACUACAAGAGAAGAGAAUUGAGAGACGGAAAUGCACGAUAUUUCCAUUCCACCCGAAAGAGGCGAAAGAAGAGCGUAGUAGAAAGCACGGAGUUAUGGUCUGGAUCCCGAGCGACCUUAAGAAACUCAUAGUAACCGCUGCACAAGAACUCGGGCUAUCGGAUGAAGCCUCAUUUGUACUAUUAUCAGAAGACGAAGGUCGUAUCACAGACAUUGAUAUGAUUAGUGAUGGACAGAAAUUGUAUUUGAUCAGUGAUACUACUGAUCAAACAUAGAGACCGAGUCUUCGAUUUUCUUGAUCAUUUCCUCAUAGAUUAAUUUGAGUUUUUCAUGUUCUUAUAGAGCAUUUUGAAAACAAAUCAUAUAUCUAUCGCAGAGCAAACAUAGUAAUCGAAUCUUCGAUUCUUUUUCGAUCAUCACAUAGAAUCAUUUGAGUUCUUGUAGAGAAUUUUGACACCAAAAGGAUAACUAUCACGUUAUUAUAUGGUUUCAAACUAUUGCACAAUAGAUAGAUUCUAUUUAA